AUGGGUGGUGAUCUGAACCUGAAGAAGUCAUGGCACCCAUCGCUGAUGCGCAAUCAAGAGCGCGUAUGGUCAGAAGAACAGAAAGCGCUCGAGGAGCGCAAACGGAUCGACCAACUCCGCCGCGAACGUGAAGAAGAGCGCCAGAUCCAAGAGUUGCAGCGCCUCCAAGAAGCAUCCGGCAAGCAGAAGACCCAGAACCGCGUUGAUUGGAUGUACCAGGCACCUUCGAACGCAACAGGACAAUACUCGGAAGAGAUGGAAGGAUAUCUGCUUGGAAAGCGACGGAUCGAUGGCAUUCUGCUGAAGAAGGACACCGACAACAAAAAAUUGGAGAAAGGCGCAGAUCUUGUUGGUGCAAAUGCGGCGGCGGCGGGACCAUCUAUUGGUUCGGCGCGUGACACUAUGGCGAAGGUGAUGGCCGACCCGCUAUUUGAAGUUAAGAAGAGGGAGCAGGCGGCCUACGAGGCCAUGGUCAAAGAGACUAUGAAGCGGAAGGAGAGAGAAGAGAGGCGAGGUGGUGAACGGAAUCACGAGCAUGAGAGGGAGCGGAGACAUCGCGAUCGUGAUUCAAAUCGCAGACGGGAUGAGGCGGAGGAUAAUUCAAGACGUCCAUCUCAUCGUUCUUCACAUCGACGUCGGUCCAGAUCACCUGCUGAGGGGGAGAGGUCUUCGCGCAGACAUCGCAGCGAGAAGGAUCGCGAUGACCGCGAUCGGAAAGAUGAUAGAGGUCAUGAACGAACCCGGGGAGAGGAUCGGGAUCGUCGAGGCCACGAGGGGCGAACUCGCCGUGACGACCGGGACCGAGACCGCGAUCAAGGCCGCCGUGAGUACCGAGAGAGAAGGGAUUCAUACCCAAGCCGUCGCAACGACCGGGAUGACAGACGGGAUCGUGAUCGUAAGCCGGACGUCGACAACGACCGUGCCAGGUCUCCACGACGCUCUCCUCGCCGACGCAGCCCUUCACCACGCCCGACUCAAGACCGCAAUGGCCGCGCCCACGACCAAGACAGCCGUCGGGACUACCCUCGACGCAACGACAACUUCAAUAGUAGACGGGAGAACUUUGGCCGACAGCCUCGCCCUGCACAGCCCAAUACUGAUCCCAAGGCACUGGAAGAGGAGCGUGUCCGCAAGCUAGCAGAGAUGCAAUCCAACGCUACUGAGCUGGAGUCAGAUCGGCAACAGCGUAUCGCUGAUAUCGACAAGAAGGAAGAGACACAGAGGGAAGCUGAUGACCGACAGCGAUCUGACCGUGGUGCGUUCAUGUCCCAGGUACACAAGCGUGUGCAAGAGGAUAGUCUUGAUGAGCGAAUCCGUCGUAGUCGUGGUGGAUUGUCGAAGAUGGAUGAAGAGUAA